GUUGAGCUAGCUAAUGUGCUAGUUAGGGGCUAGCCACGAUCAUAAAGAGGUCUUUAACCUUCCAUGCGUGCAUAAAAAACCGUUCAAAUUACACACGGAUAUUUGAGUGCUUGCCAAAUCAACAAUGAGCAAGAGGAAAGCGCCGCAGGAAUCCCUGAAUGAGGGAAUAACAGACUUUCUUGUUGAGCUGGCCAAUUAUGAGAAAAACGUCAACAGGGCAAUACACAAGUACAAUGCUUACAGGAAAGCAGCAUCUACCAUCGCCAAGUACCCUAACAAAAUCAAAAGUGGCGAAGAAGCCAAGAAACUGGAUGGUGUUGGAGCUAAAAUAGCAGAAAAGAUUGAUGAGUUCCUACAAACGGGCAAACUGCGUAAACUGGAAAAGAUCCGAAAUGAUGACACCAGCUCUUCCAUCAAUUUCCUCACCAGAGUUACUGGAAUUGGCCCUGCUGCCGCCAGGAAGUUUUUUGAAGAAGGGGUGAAGACAUUAGAAGAUUUGAAAAAGAUUGAGCACAAGCUAAACCAUCAUCAACAGAUUGGACUCAAGUACUUUGAGGAAUUUGAGAAAAGGAUUCCACGUGCCGAAAUGGAAAUGAUGGAGACUCUCAUCCUUGGAGAGUUGAAGGAGAUCGACACAGAAUAUAUUGGAACAAUCUGUGGAAGCUACAGAAGAGGUGCUGCAUCGAGUGGUGAUAUUGAUAUUUUGCUGACCCACCCAAGAUACACCUCUGAGACUGAGAAGCAGCCCAAGCUCCUCCAUGCAGUGGUCGACCAUUUGGAGUCCAUUGGCUUUGUGACUGACACUCUGUCCAAAGGAGACACCAAGUUCAUGGGAGUCUGCCAACUGCAGCAGAGUGAUGAAGAUGAGGAAGAAUAUCUUCACAGGCGUAUUGAUAUCAGGUUGAUUCCCAAGGACCAGUACUACUGUGGAGUUUUGUAUUUCACUGGAAGUGAUAUCUUCAAUAAAAACAUGAGAACUCAUGCUCUGGAGAAGGGCUUCACGCUUAAUGAGUACACGAUUCGACCACUUGGAGUCACCGGCGUGGCAGGGGAGCCUCUGUUGGUGGAUAGCGAGAGAGACAUCUUUGAAUACAUCCACUACAAAUACCGAGAGCCAAAGGAACGCAGCGAGUGAAGCAAAGACAUCAUGUGCAUCAUUACAUCUGUAUUUGAAGUUACAGCUUUCCUGAAAACAAGAUCAGAUGCAUGUCUACAAAUGUGUGUGUUAGUGUUUCACUCUUUCAUUUGCCAUUCAACUAUGUUUUUGAAAAGAAAACCAAUGUGAAAGUCAUUUUAUUCUUAUUUGUUUGGGACAUUUUUUUCCCAAUCAAAAGUUGAAAUCAUCCCCAUUUGUUUUUACAUAAGUUUUAAUUCUCCAUGGUCCGCUCUAUCUGUCUUUGUGAAGACUUUUGGGCUCAGUUUUAAGCAAGUUUGUAAAUCAUGCUCAGCUGUAAUUCAUUUCAUUUAUAUUUGAUAUACCAAAAAAGGGAUUCUAACAUAACCUGAAGUGAGCUAUCUCAAUGUGGACUGUCUUCUUUUACAGUUGUUUGGUCAUCAUGAACAAUGAGGACCACUACCAUGAAGGCGUUUUGACAAUGGUGUCCUUUAACACUUUGGUUAAUUGUGCAAAGGUGUUUUAAGGUAUAUAUGUUACACAUGCAGACAACACAGCGGUAUCACUACUAUAUAGUAGUAGCGGUUUGGUUUUUUAUCAUUCACCAUAGAGUGGUGUUUUAAACCAGCAGAGUCCUCAGGCCAACUAAUGAAUUAGAAGAAAUACAACAAUGUGAACAGUAUUUGUUUCCCUACCGUGUUACACUGAUAGAUUUGUUUUAUGUGGUCAUGUGAAGAUGAUUUUGUGUGUUAGGAUGUUAGGUCAAGACAUCACUGUGUCUUCAGUGCUUUUCAGAGGGUUUACCAGGUAACUUAUGUAACACAGACUUAAUUAUUGGCAUUAGGACUUUAAUUCAGUUUGGUGUGUGGAUGAUUGCAAACAAUUCAGGAAAUAUUUAAGGGGGGAAAAGAUGGGAAGCAAUAGAGUUGUGUGGGUUUGCUUGGGCUGUUAACACCCAACUGUUAACUUGUAUGACAAAUAAAAG